AUGCCGAAGUUCAAGAAUUCAUUUCGAAUUAUUAUUUGCCACCUUAUAUUAUAUAUAUUUGUUAUAAUUUAUAUAUUAUGUGGUGCUCAUAUAUUUCAUUAUUUGGAAGGCGAAUAUGAAAUUGACGCGAAUCGUCAAAGUCGAAUAGAAAUUAUGAAUCUCAAAAAUGAAAUGAUUUAUAAAAUUACCCAUUCUAAUGAGGAACGAAUUAUCGAUGAAACUAUUCAAUUAUUCCUAGGAAACAUUUCCUCAUUGCAUAUUUCCUUAGAUAAUUUUAUAUUAUUUUAUAAUUCAAAGCGAAAUCCUCCGAAACGUUGGACUUAUCAGUCAAGUGUUCUAUUUGCUUUUACAAUACUUACAACAAUAGGCUAUGGCAAUGUUGUUCCAUCAACUCGUGAAGGCCGGGUGUUUACGAUGAUUUACGGAGCUAUUGGAAUUCCAUUAUUUCUUAUAACUAUAGCUGACAUUGGACAAUUCUUUAAAACAUUUGUUAUGUAUUUAAUAAAAAGAAUUUAUAAGAAGGAAUUGAAAAAGUAUGGUGAAAAGAAGUUUUCCCGAGAAAUUGCAGAGGUGAUUUUUGUUGCGAUAUUAUUUUUGAUUUUUAUUGCGGUUGGUUCCGCAGUUUUACCGCUUUGGGAACACAAUUUGACGUACUUUGACAGCGUUUACCUUUCAUACAUGAGUUUAACAACGAUAGGAUUGGGAGAUGUGGUACCAAGAAGAAUGGACUUUUUAAUUCCAACACUGAUAUAUAUAACAAUAGGCCUUUGGUUAACAACCGCAUUAGUGGAACAACUUGUUGACGUUUUCCGUCUGAUACAUUACUAUGGACGUAAAGUGAGAAAUGUUAAAGGAAUUACUAUAUGGAUCGGAGGACAACCAGUUUCCAUUGGAACCUUAAUCCAUACAGUAUGCAGACGAAUAGGCAUGCCAGAUCAGUUAAUGGGCCAAAUCAAUUGGGAUCAAGCAAUAGAUCAAGGUUUACUGCAUGAAAAUGACGACCAAAAUGAUAAUCAAUCACUUUUCCCAUGGCAUUUUGUGGACUUUGUUAACAAUGAUCCACCACUCAUCGAUUUAAGUUUUGAUUAUGAGCAGAUGGAAGAUAAAUCCCCUCAUUCUGCAAAAAAUAAAAAUAUUAAUUUUAAUUAA